CUGUGAAAAGGGGAUCAGUUCUGCCCUUAAGCGUUAUGAACUAUGUAGAUGAAAUAUAUGCUGGAAGUUAUGACAAUUAUUAUGAUAGUUUUUCUAAUGCAAAAGUAACUGUGCCGUGGCACAGGAAUCUAAAAUACAAAGACUGCAGAGUAGUUGGUUAGUUUGAAGCAACUGAAACGCUAUUUCUGGCACUUCCACCAUCCCACUCCAAUUCCUUGCCUCCUCCUCCUGCGCGUGGGUGGCGUCACCAUGGCAAUAAGCACGCGGCCCAAGCACAAUUCUCUGUCAGUUGCUGACCUCGGCCGCUUACUGGCCUUGGGCCUGGGACUCCAAGGCGCGUCCCAUUCUCUCAGGCGGCUGAGGGCUAGGGGCUGAGGAGCAGCAUGGCCAAGGCGGCGAACUCUUCGCCGCUGGAGGACUUGGAUCUGAGCGGAGAGGAGGUCCAGCGGCUCACCUCCGCCUUUCAGGACCCCGAGUUCCGGCGAAUGUUUUCCGAGUACGCCGAGGAGCUCACGGAUCCCGAGAACCGGCGGCGCUACGAAGCGGAGAUCACCGCGCUGGAGCGUGAGCGCGGAGUGGAGGUGCAGUUCGUGCACCCGGAGCCCGGCCACGUGCUGCGCACUAGCCUGGACGGGGCGCGGCGCUGCUACGUGAACGUGUGCAGCAACGCGCUGGUAGGUUCGCCCACCAGCCGGCCCGGCUCGGGCAGCGCGGCGGCCGGUAGCCAGUGGUCCCUGCCGUACAGCCUGGCGCCCGGCCGCGAGUACCCGGGGGGCCGCGGCACCCGCUACACGGUCUACGAUGUGGUCUUCCACCCAGACGCGCUCGCGCUGGCCCGGCGCCACGAGCGCUUCCGCCAGAUGCUGGACGCCACGGCCCUGGAGGCCGUGGAGAAGCAGUUCGGCGUGAAGCUGGACCACAGAAAUGCCAAAACCCUGAAGAUCAAGUACAAGGGAACUCCGGAGGCCGCUGUGCUGCGCACGCCCCUGCCCGGGGGUGUCCCGGCCCGGCCCGAGGGGGAGCCGGAGAGCUCCUUCCCCGACUUCCCCUACCCCUACCGGCGCCCGGCGGCCCCCGGAACUCGGCGGGCCCCGGGCCCUCCGCCCUCCCCGCCAAAUGGGCCCCCGACCCCCACGGAGCCUCGCUAUACCAGCGUGGGGAAGUCCCGCGUGGACCUGCAGGAUUACCGCUGCUCCCGGGACUCGGCCCCCAGCCCCGUGCCCCAGGAGCUGGUGGUCACCAUCGAGCUGCCGCUGCUGCGUUCGGCCGAGCAGGCGGCGCUGGAGGUGACGGGAAAGCUGCUGUGUCUGGACUCGAGGAAACCCGACUACCAGCUGCGGCUCUCGCUCCCGUACCCGGUGGACGACAGCCGCGGCAACGCGCAGUUCAACAAGGCCCGGCGGCAGCUGGUAGUCACGCUGCCCGUGGCGCCGUCCGCCGCGCGCCGGGAGCCCCUAGCGGCGCCGGAAGAGCCCGCCGGGGCCGGAACCGACAGCGCGGCCUGCACUUCCGCUCGCAAAGGAGAGACGGGCCCGGCUGCGGGUCGCGCCGGGGAAGGGGACUCCGGGAUCACCACGCCGGAUGCCGCAGGAGAGGAACUUGUCUCCGAACCGGAACCGGACUUCGGCGGGCAAGCGGUGGCGACUGCCGGGAUCGAGGAGAAACCGCUUCCCGGAACUGGGAGCUCGCCCGGGGACCUAGACUGGGGGCCUCCUGCAGGAGGAGGGAGUGUGUGCGGAGGUCUCAGCGUUGGGACCCGCGUGGCCCGGGAAGACUCGGGCAGGGAGCCUUCCGAUCCAGCCAUGGAUGGUCCCGGGACAGACAGCCGGGGACCUCUCUGUCCUCCGUUGCAGUGUCAUCAGGAUGAAGAAUCCCUGACUCUGCUCAUCCUAGUGCCUCGGAUCCAACCGCAAAGUCUUCAAGGGGAUGUGAGCUCCCUCCGGUACAAAUUGUGCUUCUCCACCCAAGACUUAGUUUAUUAUUCCUUCUUUUUGCAGUUUGCUCCAGAAAAUAAAUUGAGUAUCAAAGAACCAGUGGUUAGCAUUUCUUCAAACAAUGCAGUAAUAGAACUGGCCAAAUCUUCAGAGUGCUAUGGACAUUGGAGAGAGUGGUAUUAUGGUUUAAACAACGAUUCUUUGGAGGAGAGGUUAUUUGUCAAUGAAGAAAAUGUCAAUGAAUUUCUUGAAGAGGUCCUGAGCCCUCCAUUCCAACAGACAAUACCCCUAACUUCACCGUUAAUUGAAGUUGUUCAGGUUACUGAUAGUAAGAUUCAAAUUCAUACAAAGUUGCAAGAAUGUAGUAACUCUGAACAGCUUCAUGAAAAGGAAGAAAAAGUCAACGAAGGAAGUCAUCCAACUAAAAAAAAAAUAGAACAUCCUACCACCUCAACAACUGCUUCUGAUUCAUCUAUAGCUGUUAAAGUACUAGAAUUAGACAGUUGUGGUUCAGUUGAAUACUUGCAACAAGACUCUCUUGAUGUGUCCCAAAUAUUUGGAAAGUCUCAGCAACCUGAGUCAAAAAUGGAAGAAAAAGGUGUUUACUCAAGUGAGGAGAAAGAUAAUUUAAAAGAACCAGUAAUGACUGAAGAGGAAGAAUUAACAGUUCAGAAUAUUCCUGGUUUUGACAACAUAAAAGAAACGAAUAUGCAGGAUGGUAGUGUGCAGAUUAUUAAAGAUCAUGUGACUCAUUGUGCAUUCAGUUUUCAGAAUUCUUUGCUAUAUGACUUGGAUUAAUUCUUCAGAAUUUAAAGGUUAAGAGUAGAAAAUUUUUGGACUUAAAUUCUAUUUCUGUAAACUACUACCUUAAAACCAAAGAUAUUCAAGAAAGUAUAUUUUGGAUUUAAAAUAGGUUUUCUGUUUACUCUUUAAAAACUGAAGAUAUUCAAGAAAUUAAAAUUUGCAAUUUUGAUUCUAAUGGGGAAACUGGAGAUAUUUUUUUGCAUGUUUAUACAGCUUCCUUCAUUAGGGAGAUAAGUUUUGUGAUUCCUCUGAGAGAUGUAUAUUAUUUCUGAGAGUUAAACAUUUAGUUUUAAUAUAACCUGUAUAUAUUUACUUCUGUGUUUGUUUUUGGCUUAUUUACCAUUACACUUUAAUAAAAAGUUUCAAGAUAUUCACUAAGUUGUGUCUGUCGCAAAAAGCAACUCUCAAGAAUGUAACUAGAAAUAUGAGUUGCAUUUGUAAGGGGGGCAGAAUCUCAAAACUGUAUUUAGAAAUAUCACUAAAUAAGAUGUAUUUAUGCUUGAAAUAGAGAUUCUUAGAGAUGAAAGAACUUUACUAACCAAUAUUAAUAAUUCAAAUAAUUAUAAUACAAACACACUGAAUGAAAUUUAGUAUUUUUGCUUCAAUUCUAUAUUUUACUCUUAUCUGUCACCAAAUAUAUAUAUAUAUUUAAUACAGGUUAUUUAGUAAUGACUUUAAGGUGGCAGCAGGUAAUGUAUCUGUGGCUAAGUUAAUAAUUUUGUGGAAUAGUAUUUAUAUUUGAGGUCAGAAGAAAAUCCUAAUAGAUGUUUUUCUCACAAAAAUUUUUAGGACAGGAUGAAAGAAAAUAUCUGUUGACCUAAUCUCUGACCCCAAAGGCCAUGACCUGAUACAUUUGUUCGAAAAACAGCUACCAAUUCAAACUUCUGGCUUUACCUUAGUCCUGGAAAUUACCUAAUAUCUUUAGUCCUUUGAACUGGGGAGGUCAGAUCAGAACACCAAAAGCUAUUAUUCUUUACAUUUAUAAUCUUGGUAAAGUCUGGAACCAGACUGAGCUGAGAACAGUAUAAAUGUGGCUAGCUCACAAAGCAAGAGAACUAUUUGCCCCAACUUAGAUGACCAGAUGCAUUUUUCAACUAUAACAUGAAUCUUAGUUGGAAGCAGUAAUUUUGAAAAUGUCCACUUAAUAACACAAUUUUCGUAGAUUGAAAUAAUUGUAAUAACUCCACAGAAAUUAGUCUAUAAUUUUUGAUUGAAUGGAAUUGUAUAUUGUUACAGGAAACUUCUACAUUAAACGUGGAGUAAAUUUUAAGCCUGUUUCCUAUUAUUUACUGUAUCUGUCCUUUUAAAAAGUAUGACUUCAGUUAAAAUAAAGCUGGCACUAGAACAUA